AUGAAUAUGGACUAUAUUGCGCUUGAAAACCUUGAUCUCUCUAAAUUUGAUGACCCGGUCACACGAAAGGAACUUGCAAACAAAUUUUUCAAAGCUCUUACAGGGACGGGAUUCUUCACAGUAUCAAACCAUGGUAUAACAAACGAGCAAUGGGAUCAACAGAUGGAUCUUGCGCAUGCAGUGAUGACCAUGACGCCGGAAGAAAAGAAGGUGUAUGAAGUCUCAUACGAAGACGACAAGAAGGGUGUCUAUUGCGGCUUCAAGAUCGCCGGAGGUCCUGGAUAUCACCCAAAAGUCGAUUUUUACAACAUGUUGCUGAACGACAAAGUCGUCGAUCGUGAAGUUCCGCCUAUAUUGAAGCCAUAUAUGCCAGAAACUCGACACAUUAUGGAUCACGUUCGUGACGUUGUGCACUACAAGCUGUUGGUACUUCUUGCCAUGAGUCUAGAACUUCCAGAAAAGGACGUGUUGUCAUCGCAUUUGCCUGGUGCUGCUUCGUCGGAAUACUACAGAUUCAGCGGCUAUGCUCCCUUGACAGCAGAAGAAAAAGUCAAAUCCCGGGGUCUAUUCAUGCCGGGCCAUGCUGACUGGGGAACCUUCUCAAUCCUAUUCUCCCAGACCAUUGCUGCACUGCAGGUCCUGGACUACCAGACUGGAUCGUUUAAAUGGGUUGAACACGUCCCAUACGCAUUAAUUGUCAAUAUCGGUCAAGGUCUUGAGGUUCUCACAGGAGGUCUAUAUAAAGCUACCAUCCACCGCGUUCUUACUCCACCUGCGGAUCAGGCCCACGAGUUGAGAGUCGGUCUUUUCUACUUCUCACGUGCGAACGACGACUACCUUAUGCUGCCGAUGGCUGGAUCGCCGGUGCUGAAAAGGCUGGGACUUGACAAGCCUCUUGAUCCUGAUAAUACAUUCACAGCCACUGAAUUCUUAGAGGCGAAGAAGCAUGGCUACAUGAAGCCAGACUUUGAUCACGACAAGCCCAAGGGAGAAAAUCAUGCUGAUAUGUUCAGGGCUGACGACAGGUAUGAGGUGGCCAAACCGCUUGUAUCGUACGAUAUCAAGGUUCAAUAG